UGCAAUGGCGCACUUUUCAAAAGUUCUCAAAGAUAAGUGAAUGACAAUGGAAAGAUUGGAUCUACCACAAAGGAUAAUAUCAGCAUUAAAGAAAGCACGUCUUGAAAACAUCGAUAAAAUAGURUGCACAUCGGCUUCUGACAUUCAGCGUUUGACAAAGCUUUCCAUAUCAGACGUGGCACUUCUUCACCAAGUUGCAGCUUCGUCUAUUUCAAGACCACCAGUUCAAACUGCUUUAGAAUUAUAUCAUAGCGACAACGGUACUCAUGUUUCCACUGGGUGCCCUGUGUUAGAUAAGGCCUUGAGGGGUGGUAUUGCUUGUCAAGGUAUUACAGAAAUCACUGGUAAAAGUGCUUCUGGGAAGACACAGCUCUGCCUUCAGCUUUGUCUGUCUGUACAGCUGCCGGCAGACAGGGGUGGCCUGGGACGAGGUGCGUUGUUUGUUUCUACUGAGGAUGUUUUCCCAAGCAAACGUCUUCACCAGCUGAUUCCGCCAUUCCUACAAAAGCAAGAUAUAAAA